CUUACUAACUACCUCGCUGCGGUACAGUGCGGUCUGGUGUCUUAAGUUAACUAACGCUCCGAAAGCUUUUGUGUGUGUGUGUGUGUGUGUGUUAGAUUGUCUUAUGAUGUGUUGUUCGGUGAAACGGUUUCUUUUAUUGUUCGGAUUUCUGUGUCUAGUUACGCGUAGUGGCGCGGAUGCACAAGAAGAGAAUCAUUUAACGUGCGGUAGACGUAAGGUGAAGUCAAUUUACCUCAUCCAUAACGGUGUAGACGCGAAGGCCGGUCACUGGCCGUGGCAUGCAGCGAUCUUCUAUCGAAAUAAGGCACACAAUGAAUACGAAUGCGGUGGAUCCAUCCUUGAUCACAACACUAUUCUCACCGCAUCCCAUUGCGUGUAUACGGCUGGCGGUGUGAUUUCUGCAACCCGCGUGUUAGUACACGUGGGACAAAACCAUCUAGAAAAGGCAAGUGAGUACACGCAGAUACACGAUGUACGGGAUAUCAUAGUACAUCCCGGGUUCAGCAGCAACAGCAUCAUCCACGACAUUGCGCUUAUAAAGCUCAGGACUAACAUCACAAUGACCAAGUACGUCCAGCCCGUCUGUCUGUGGACAAUGGACAGUAAGCAGGAUCUGAUCGUGGGCAAAAAUGGCACGAUCGUUGGAUUUGGCUUAAAUGAGCAGGACGUUGUGUCGCAGCAGCUGAAGCAGGCCUUGGUUGGUGUGGUGGAUGCAUUGACGUGCAUCGCAAGCGAUCGCACGGUGUUUGGCACUCAUCUAACAACGGACAUGUUCUGCGGGAAAGGACAGAAGGGUGUGAGUGCAUGCAAUGGAGAUAGCGGCGGUGGCAUGUUCUUUGAAAUCGGUGGCAAAUGGUACGUCAGGGGACUGGUAUCGUUCACUCCGUUGCGCGGAAAUACAGGAUUGUGUGAUCCGCUCAAGUACACUGCCUAUACCGAUGUGGCCAUGUACCUGGAAUGGAUUAAGCCGCACAUUGAUCAGCGCGUGCUGUCCUACGACAGCGAUGUGCUGGACAUUGAUUAUGAGGAAAAACUGCGGCUGUUCAAUUUUAAAACGUGUGGCGUAAAACAAUUUAUCGUUUAUCCGGAUGGUGUAUCACGAUGGACGAUACCCUGGCUUGGAUUUGUCAGAGUAGGAAUUGAAGAUGAUCCUAGGUGUGCUGUUAUACUGAUAAAUGAAUGGUACGCGGUCGGACCUGCACAUUGUUUCGAAAAUAAGGCGAUUGAAUAUUUCGUUGCGCUAGGUCAUCUUAUUGACGACGGGGAGGAGCAAUGCACCUAUUUUGAUGAGUCCUCGGUAUGUCCCUAUCCAUUACAAGAACGCCCAAUUGAAAGGAUCAUUGUGCAUCCAAAGUUCGGUACGAACAAUACGGCGGACAAUAUCGCACUGAUCGAGCUACAGGUCUCUGCCGACACCAGUCAGCCGCAUGUGCAGCCCAUCUGCGUGCCUGUAACGCCCGAGCUACGAACGAGCGCAAAGGCAAACCUACACGUAGCAACGGUUGCUAGGGAAGACGAUUCCUACAAAACCAUUCCCAUUCACUAUCUUGAGCCCGCCGAGUGUAUGAAAAAGUACGCUGAGCAGAACAUUGUGUUGGAGCUGGAAAACAAACGACUGUGUGCAGAAAUAGCAAACCAACGGGAUGAAGAAAAUUGUUAUUCAUUAGUGGCGGGUGCACCGCUCCAGGAAAUGAAGAUGUUUGACGGCAAGGAGCAAUACUUUCUACGAGGAUUCGAGCUGCUUGGGCUGGCCUGUAAUGCACGGGCACCACCAAUUUACAACAAUGUGGAACCAUAUAUCGACUGGAUGCUGUACAACAUGCGGUACCGCAGCUUAGAGUCAGCGGAUGGGUUGACAAUUGCAAAUGCUAACACCACGCAGCAAACACUCGAGUCGGAAUGGGCCAUGUUGCAGCAGCAGCCGGGAAAGGAAAAACUGCACCUUUUUGAUAUGCAAACCUGUGGCAUACCCGGCGCAACUUUCGAAAAUUUGGGACCGCUAACGGUCACGCCGUGGGUCGGGCAGCUUGAAUCUACCGAAAAUGUUACGGAUGAAGACUUUUUGGAUUCAGACACUGUAGUGCUCAUAAGCGAAUGGUACGCAUUAGCCCCCAAAAGUAUUUUAGCGAACAAUUCAACUUGGAAAAUUCUUAGUCUAGGUAGUUAUAAUCGGGAUAUUAUCACCGACUGUACCAUUAACAUAUGCGGACAGCAGAAGGUAGAAAUAAAAAACAUUAUCUUCCCUUCUGCUGAUCAUCCUAGCCAGCUAUUUGCACUAAUAGAGCUGCUCGAGCCUGCCAAUCUGAAGAAUCCCUCCAUUAGACCCAUCUGCUUGCCUUUCAUGCAUCAACUGCAUCGGCAAACACCCACAGAAGUAUUCAUAACGUCUACCACAGACCCGAAUUACGUUGACAGCAAAAAGUUGAAAAUCAUCGAUCACCUGAAUUGCCAGCAACGAUUACUACUUGAACGUGAAUUCGUCACCUUGGACGAGAACAUCACUUGCGCAAUCGAGGCAGAAAAGAUUCGACAAACAGAAUUAUUUUCCUUCGUGGGCACCCCGUUCCACACGAGCGUGUGGUACGAUAAACGAAUGCGCUACUUUCUGUACGGAGUGGACGACAAUGAUCUAAAUAUGUUCAAGAAAUUGGUUUAUGGGCCCUACGUGUUCAACCGGAUUAUGUUAGCGGAUCUUGAUUGGGUGGUAGAGAACAUGCGGAAAAAAGAGCGUCAAACUUCCUUCCCCAGCCCAACGAGAAAAGAACGAGUGAAUUUGAAGUCCGUUAAGCAUGCACCCGAGAGGGGGUUGUUUAACUUUACCACCUGCGGAGAAUCAUCGAACUUCUAUCCAAUGCCAUGGAGGGGAGCCCUCUACUCCAAUGCACCGUUUUUCAAUGACACCAAAUGUACGGUGACACUCAUUAGCGACCGAUAUGUUGUAGGUCCAGCAUAUUGCUUCAUCGAUGCUAGAGCAGAAAAUGUUAUAGUAUUCGGGCUUGAUACAGAUCGUACAGAGUGCGCUAGGGCCAAUAACUCUGCAUUGUGUUGUCUUCCUUCGCAACGCGUUACCACCGAGAAGAUCAUCUUUCACCCGCACUAUAACCGAACCAAUCAGGAUAACAAUAUUGCGUUGGUUCAGCUUGCAACUGCUGUAGACACAUCUCGGCCGAAUGUGAGGCCCAUCUGCUUGCCGAUCAUGGAUUCGAUCCGUAGUUAUGAUACAUCGAGCCUAGUAAUGGCGUCUUAUAAUAAAUCCUCAGCUUUUGCUGACUAUAAAAUCAUUACCGUCAAUGAAAGGUAUUUAGAUCCACUGGAAUGUCAAAAACGGUGGCAAGGCUUGAAGGUGAGCUUCACCAUAGAUAGUACGCAGCAUUGUGUGAUGAUCAAACGAACGGAGCUUGAUGAAUGUGUCGGUGUAUUCGCUGGUAUUACACUUCACUCCCUGCAAACACUACACUCAAGUGAAAAACACUUUCUGCGCGGAUUCUUUAUCAACGGGCCAAGAGUUUGCAGUAUUUACUUUCCCGCAGUUUACCUUAAUACAGACGCUUAUUUGGAUUGGAUAUUGGAAACAAUGGAGCAGCCGGCAAGUUUCGCGUCUGAUGUGCAAAAGGAAUUUCCGAUUAUGGGUUCAGCUGGGAAGAUUCGUAUCGAUAUGGCAUCAGCCAUGGUAGGGGUAGCGGCAGUCGCACUGCUGAUUGUCGCAUGCUGUCAGAUUGUAAUCGCACAGGGCAAGCAGUGUAAAGGCGGUGAAUCCUGCAUAGACAUAAAUGAGUGUGCACAUUUCGGACCACACCAUACCAAUCCCAAGAAAUGGCCCGACAGCUUGAAGCGCGAUUUUCGCGACAAGUUGUGCUACCGUGAAAGUAACAACGGAACAGUUUUGUUCAAGGUGUGCUGUCAGCAGGAAGCGAACAGCAACAACCAUCGCAAGCGCAACCUGACGCUGCUCGAUCUAGAAAAGUGCGGUCCGUACACCGAGCCAAAGAUUGCCAACGGCAUAGACGCCAUACUGUUCCAGUAUCCCUGGAUGGCACUGCUGCAAGACACGGAACUUGAUUUCGUUUGUGGCGGUACGUUGAUCAACAAGCGCUACGUACUGACUGCAGCCCAUUGCUUUUCGAGAAAAGCUAUAAUCUCGGUACGUUUGGGCGAGUUCGACCUCAAGAGCGACAUCGACUGUGACAAGCGAGGGGAGCGGUGCGCUUUGCCACCCCAGGACAUUGCCGUGGAGCGAGCGAUCAAACACGAAGACUACAGUGGGCGACAUAAGGUGAACGAUAUUGCCCUGAUUCGACUAGCAUCGGAGGCGUCCUAUAACGAAAAUGUGAUGCCGAUCUGCCUGCCAGUGUCGCCGGAAAUGCGCACCGUAAAGGAAAUCUACUACGUUUCCGGCUGGGGAUUGACGGAAAACGAUACAAGGUCUGACGUACUACAGGUAGGACUGCUCAGAGAGCUUCCAAAUGACGUGUGCCAUCAGCUGCUGCAAAGGAAGGACAAAUACGUCACCGUCAAUAGCGAUCAGAUGUGUGCGAUCGGAGCGAAUCGGACCGACAACUGUGCCGGUGACUCCGGUGGACCGCUCAAGACGAUCGCUGUCAACGCACGUUUCGUACAGUACGGCGUGGUGUCGUACGGGUUGAGAACAUGCGGUAAGGAAACUGCUCCUGGUGUAUACACCCGGGUGGAAAACUACAUCGACUGGAUUUUGGACAAUUUGGAAGAGUGAGUGUGUGUGUGUGAGAGAGAGAGAGAGAGAAAAAGAGAGAGAGAGAGAGAGAGAGACAGGAAUAAAGAGAGCGAAAAUAAAACACCAUUCUGCA